CAGUCUCCUCUGGUACACCGAGCUGUGUGUUACCGUUCCUCGCUUGUUGUAUCACGUUCUCGCCGUAAUCAGCGUCGACGCGCGUCCGAUCUGACAGACCUGUAGUCGCGGCGGCACGUCGUCGUCUACACACGCGCGCACCCUGUAUACAUAUAUAUAUACACACACAAAACUUACGUAUAUGUGUAUAUAUACGUAGAGGCAGAGAAAGAGAGGGAGAGAUACACACAGGUGACCCAGCAACAUACACGCACACGCGAACGUAUACGAAGUCCGUGCACACAUCAUCCACCGGCAUACGCACCUUUGCGCGCACACGGACCACCGACCAACAGAAGAUCCUAAAGGAAGGAUAUAAGGAGGAAAAAUCCGACGCGGGUGUUCGAGCAGUGCGAAGACCAAGGCAAUCGCUUGUCGCGUUUAAUCGGACACGCGCGAUCGCGGCUCUUAAGUGAAAAAGGAUACGGGACGCACUGGAGAGAUACACGGUGUGGCCAGGUGCAAACGGUCCUUCCAGUUAGUCGUCCGUACCUCGGCCUUCAUCAUCGAGGAGUAACACGUGCAGAUCGUACAACGAUUCGAGGCGGUGACCGAGCACGGCAAAACCACGCAAGGAGAACUCAGGAGCACGGUGAGAAGAGGACUGUGGAUACGCAACGAGGAGGAUAUUCCGAGGGUAUUACGGAACUAGUGAUCUUCCACUGACGUCAUUUCGUACUUUCGUGCUUCAUUCGAGGGACGAGAAUAGUGUUCGCUGACCCAACAAAGACACUCUCGUGAAUCCGAGAGAAUCAUCGAACGAUCAACCAACACCAGAUCUAAAUCUUCAACGCCACUGUCGACGUUGCUGUCGUCCAGUGGCGCAUCAUCAAGGAGUCGCGAGGCGUCGGCGGCAAAACGGCCGAUCGUGCGGACGUGCUGAGUACUAUUCCGCGGCUGCGAGUACCAGCAACAGCCCGAAGAUUCUCCCAGCAAAGGGCAAGAUGCACAUGGAGGUGCAGGUGGCGCUCAACUUCGUGAUAUCGUACCUCUACAAUAAGCUGCCGCGACGGCGAGUCAAUAUCUUCGGCGAGGAACUGGAAAAGGCGCUGAAGGACAAGUUCAAGGGUCACUGGUACCCGGAGAAACCGUUCAAAGGAUCCGCGUUCAGAUGUCUGAAAACUGGCGACCCAGUGGAUCCGGUUUUGGAACGGGCAGCCAAGGAGAGCGGCGUGCCUAUUCAGGAUAUCUUGGAGAACCUACCAGCCGAGUUGGCCAUCUGGGUCGAUCCCGGAGAGGUGAGCUAUCGAAUUGGCGAAAUGAACGCGGUGAAGAUCCUCUACUCUGAAACCGGAGAUCCACACGACGAGAGCUCGGCCGAUCGAGAAGUUACCAAGACCUUCAAUCCCGAGGCUCAGUGCUUCAGGCCUAUCGAAGCCGUAGGCACUUCCUUGGGUGGGCUCAGUCUCAGCCCCAAGUCCACGUCGCCCUUCCCAAGCUCGCUCGGAAGCAAUGCGAGCAAUGGAUCGUCAAAUAAUCAGCAAAGUGGUCAUGGGUCCGGUUCCUCGUCGGCACCUUCGCCGACGCCUAUCACCAGCUCGUUCAAGGGCUCGCCUAGUCCCGUCCCGGCUUUCAUCCCACGAACUACCGCACCGCUCACAUUCACCACCGCCACAUUCGCGCAGACCAAGUUUGGUAGCACCAAACUGAAAACCAGCAGCAAACGGGCGAACAGGAUGUCCCCCACCGAGUUCUCGAAUUACAUCAAGCAACGUGCCAUGCAGCAACAGAUCCAUCAUCAUCAUCAUCACCAACAGCACCAACAGCAGCAGCAACAACAGCAGCAACAACAGCAACAACAGCAGCAGGCUGGUGCUGGUGGCUUGCCAGUGUCGCAGAGUUCUCCUCGGAGUCGCAGCCUGUCACCAGGAAGCUUAGUGACUGGUGCCGGUCAACAACACGCAGACCCAAGCGCGUAUUUCUUCCAGCACGGUCCAGCCGCGUAUCAUCCUCAAUUUCCUCACCGCAACAUCUUCGAUUCGUCCAGCCACGGUGGUUACCUCUCCGCUGAUCUAUACACAGGCGUGAACUUCCCGUCAUCUUACCUUGAUCCAACGACGAUCGCUGGCCACCAGUUCUACGGUGGCAGCGUGAACGGAACCAGCAACGCUGCAGGCAGCAAUGGGAACUCGCAGAGCGCCGGCAAUCUCGGCCCGGUUGGCUCAGCCGCGACGAAUAGCAACGUGAAUGGAUCUGGCCAGCAACAGGAUAAAACAGCGCUUGUCGAGGGUCUGAACAACUUUGGCCUCGGCUCUGUGGCGCCGUAUCCGGCCAGCCAAUACCAGCAUCUCCUCGUAGCUAACUAAUACCCCGCGCGAGUGAAGACCGAGCGACUGGCGCGACUCGAUUCGCGCCUGCUCCUCUGUUGCUUCGCCGGACAGGCAGGAGGACAGUCGGAGGAUCGUCUGAGAGACCGGGUCGAUUGUAACCGUUCCUGGUCAUCAUGACAACGUUCCAGUCUCUCCCUCAUGCGUCGAGACGUCGUCCAGAGUCUAGGUUCCGUAACCCUAACACACAUACACAAACCCGAUUUCGCUUGCACCAUCUGAUUGGAGGGCUUCUCGCGCACACAGCGGACGAUGCCGUCGAGAUUCCUGCUCACCCACUAAAUAGUUCCCACUCUGUCUCUCUCUGGCAAAAAGGAGCAUCCAACCGGAAGCUGCCAUGUUACCUCUACAUAGCCAAAUCCUUAACGGAUCGGUCCUCUUAAACAUCUUCGUCGUGAUACUCUGACGGUGAUGAAUUUUUCAUCGAGGAACUAUCCAAAACUCAUCGACUCCUGUUUUCUCAUUCGAUCCUAUUCCGGAUGGCCGAGAGAGGAUUCUUACGCGAUACUCUCUCGUACGAUGGACAGCCAAUAGUAUAUGUAUGAACAGCGUGUAGAUUAAGGCAGGGAGACAGGGAGCGGAAGAAAAGAGAUACCUUCGGCGGAAAGGACGCAAUCAGCACUGAGGAAGAGGCACCGGGUCGACGCGCGCGCGGGUCAAGACGACGAGACUAUUCGCUUGAUAGACGGAUAAUGAGAACGAGAGAACGUAAGCGGGAGAGUGCGAAAUAGAGAGAGAGAGAGAGAGAGAGAGAGAGAGAGAAAGGAAAGAGAGAACGUGCGAGAGAAUGAGAGUGAGAUUAUAUAGAGCGUGUAUAGAGGGAUUCGAAUUCGGUGCGCCUGUGUGCUGAUGCGUGCGUGCAAGACGUUCAUAGGAGAGGAAUGGUGGAGGAACAAAGAGGAGGAAGAACUGUUCAAAGCGAUGGGACUCGCGAACGCGAACUUUACAACCGACUAACGUAAUAGAAAACCGCGUGUAUCUAAUAUUCUGUAACUGUAAAACAACAAUACGGACACCAUGGACACCGAUUGAGAUGGCGCUGGGCGCCCGUUCGAUGAAUGGCUGCUCCCUGUGUGUCUCGUUUAAUCUACUGGGCGGGCCAUUUUGAAACAAGCUGGAAAAAUAAAAUUGUCGAGAACAGAAUGUACACGUAACUCUAUAUAGAUCACACAGAGAGACCAAUUCGUGAUUUUUGUUCGGGGUUUCAGAGAGGUAGAAAAGAAGAAAGAGAAAAAUAUAAAAUGUCGAACGAUGCGCCAAGCGCCCAUACCUGGGACAGCGAAAGAGCCAAGAGACAUACACAUAAACACAGAAACGUGCAACAGCGUGCGUAAAAUUUCACACGGGCCAGAUUCACACGCAAUGGGCACACUCAAUCCCGAAACAUUUUACCUGGCGAUCUACACACUUACACAACACAUAACGUCUACAUUCAACCACACGGAACGCCCCGCCUGGCUGGUGGCGCGCUGGCGACACUCACGAUCGCAUACACACAUAUUACACAGAGACACAGGAUACACACACGCGUGCAUCACGCGUCCGUGCAAAAGACACAGGAGGGCGGGGUGUGCGGACACUUAAUAUCGCGCACGACUUCACCAACACGUACACACAGAUAUUACCAACGUGUAAUAAUUUAUUUUUUCACUGGUAUAGUCGGAGAAUUGAUAUUGAAUAUAUCUGUAGAGCCUAUGUAUUAUAUUCAAAAUAUGCACUCACUUCGCGGGUUGUCGCGAAACGGUAUAGGGACGGCCUGUAUCCGCUCUGUCGAACCAUCGACGAACGAACACCCCCCGUCGUAGUCGUACACGCAUUUCCCGUUUAUUCCUCUUGUUCGAUACGAAGAACGAUCGAAUAGAAAAUAUACGCGAACGAGCAAAUAGAGGAAAAGAAGGAGGACAAAAGGAAGACGAAGAGGAAAGUUGUUAGAAGCGGUUUAAAAUGCGACGAAGAACGCGAAGACGGCUGCCGUGGGAUUCUUUCUCGAUCGAGACGCAGAUGGUGCUCGCGGUUCCAAUACCGUUCGGAGAACUCGUCCUCGGUACGAUUUUACAUUUUAUUUUUAUAAUAAAUGCAGUAGAGCGUAGGAGAAGAAAAAAAAGUGAAAAAAGCAAAGGAGAGAGAAGAGAGCGGAAGAGGUAGAAAAGGAAAAAGAGAUAGAGAGUGGCGGUGUGUUCGCACGAACGGGAAUAUGGCCGCGUUGCGUCGCUGCCCCGCUUAUGAAACCGUACCGCUUCCGGUCCCGAGUUUAAUCUCUCCGGGCGCGAUUUCCUUUCAACGUGACGUCCUCUUCCCCAUUCUAUGCACCUAUGACGUUCAACCGGACAUCGCUGAGAUUCUCGAAACGGAACAACAUCAUCCGAUCGCGAGCAAACUUCGCGAUACAUCAGCAAACGUCUGUAAACUUUCGUAAACUUUCUUAAUUCCACCGCUAUCGAGCUUCUGGCUCUCCUUCGAUUCAUAUGAUAUAUAUAUAUACCUUAUAUCGAUCCUACUGGCGGAGGCAAAACGAUUAUUUGAACUUCCGGUUAGUCGCCUCCGGUUUGACGAUGUUGGAAGAUCGAGGACAAAGGACGUAUCGGAAGGGAAACAAAGGCACGACGGUGAAGGGGUUGGAGCAGCGAGCAACCAGCCGGUUCGCGUUCGCGAGAUUAAUUAGGUGAUUACGUUAUUAAAGGCCACUGUUACUGUCCUCGACGGCCGUGCCACGACCGUGCUCGUGACCCCGAACACACCUCACGGCGUUCAUACGCUUGCGGGCUCUUUGCGAUGAGCGUUAUACGGGACAAGUUCAAUUUUCUAGGAUAGUCACUGUUUUCAUCGAUGUAUCAUAGAUUUCGCACCUUUUUAAAUCGCUAUAUUGUCCGUUUGACGAAUAAGUUUACCGAGAAAAGUUGAUAAAAUCUAGCGAUUGAGGAAACAUGGCUAGACUGUUUUGUACGUUUAUCUUUAAGAGAUCGAUCAUGUAUGAAAUUAUUUCAAUUCUGUUUUUGGAUAUCUAAAUGUAGAAGGCAAAUUGAUUGUUCGAUUUAAAGAAAAUUAAUGAUACUUUUAGCUCGCUGAACAGCAUAAUGAAUAAGUAGAAGUACUUACUACAAACCAACCUGAGAUAUGUAAAGACGCACAGUAUAAGGCAAAUCCAUUAUUUCAUAUUAAACAAGCAAAUAAUAUCUCGAAAUCACUGCUCUAUUUCUACAAGCCAUUUGAAAUAUCGGAAAGCGUCCAGCAUAAGACAAGUUGAUUAAUCGACCUUCUACUCUUACAAACCAUCUGAGAUAACUAAAAACGUCCAGUAGAAGAUAAGUUGAUUACUCAAUAAAAACCAUAUUUAAUGGCACUCUGAAAUAAUCAUUCCACUUGUAUAAAUGAUCUGAAAUAUUUAAAAACGGACAGUAUCAAACCAUUUGAUCGAUAAGACAUCUAAAAUCGUACAGUAUAAAACAAGUCUAGCGAAGAAGUUUCAAAAAAUGUCCAAUAGCUUAACGCAAGACCGCAAAUUACAGACCCAAAAGUCAGCGCUCGAGAUUAACCUGAUGAAUCAUAAUUUCUUCUUAUUCGAUCGCUUGUCAGAUCGGGUCAUGGUCGUUCUCGUCCGUCGAGCAGCGUAGAAAAAGCACGACAGCAACGAUGGCGGAGGUGUCGCGAGCCGCGGGCCGGGCACUAGGUGCUAAAAGUAUUACAAAGUGUUUAAUCUUGUCGUCGUGGGACAAACGUACGGAAUACGCGCGGCCAGAGAUUGUCGACUAGCUCGUGUGCUGUUUUUUUUCUCUUUCUUUUUUUUCUUAACAGCAUAAAACGAUGGAGGAUAGAUGACGUUUGCGUUGGUCGAUCAGCUCGGUCCAACCGAGUCCUCUCUUAGACUAGUUUCGAAACCUUAGCGUGACUUUGUAUCGUGUAAGUGUAUAAGUAGCAUAAUUUUUAGGCGUAACUUUCGUCGUUCUUUCGUACGAAUUUUUAUAUAGCCAGUUUUGUAUGACCGACGCCAAGCAGCAGCUUCCUGUACCGCGGUCGUUCCGUCUUGGACCGAAUAUCGUAGUGAUCGACCGGCUCUGAAAACGAAUCGAUGUCUUCGUUCACCUUCAUCCGAUGCUUUAACACUCGAGUCGCGUGUUACGUCGAGAAUCACACAAGAUUUCCCACGAGAGAAAAAGAAUUCUUCGAUAGAUAACGUGUGUCAUCGAAGAGUCGUGGUUCUCUCUCAGUAACACGUCGCUCAGAAGAUCUAGGAAAGAUGUAGAAAAAAGGAUCGAUGACAAGAUCGAAGCUAAAUUGAAGCUUCGCGUUAGGAACAAUUGGAAAUUUUGGGAUUUGAAGAAAUAUCGAACGAAAGAUGGAAACGGCGAGCGAGUCGGCAGGUUUCCGGCCACGCGAGGGGUGCUAAAAACAAGUUUUUAACCGCGGAACUAACAAGGGUAAAGAGGGGGCGAGAAAGCGCGGGGAACAGAGGCAUGAGGGGAUAAGGCGGGAGAUCAGUACCCUUUAGUAAUAUCUAAACUUAAUUGUAACUAUUAACGAUACGUACGACUGUGGUAGCUAUGCUAGUACCUGCUAUUGUUAAAGAGAGAGAGAUUGGAGAGAGCAAGAGAGAACGAGCGAGAGAAAUCGAUUGAAAGAGUGAAGAGGUGGAAGAGAAGUGAGGAAUCGCGAUUUUCGAGGUUUGGUUCGUUGCGGAAGACGCAAGUCAUCUUCGUAUUCGGAUCUAAUUGUAAGUCCGAUUACUAUGUGGAUCGUUGGUUUUCCGCGGAGAGAAACAACUUUGAUGGAACGUGAAGAUCGAUUGAUCGACGAUUUAGCCUCGAGACGCGGAGAGAUAACCGCAGAGAGCUUCUCGCGCCGAUUAUUUUUCUAAUCUUUGUAAUCGAACGAAUUGGGUUCGCCAUGAAACCCGCGAGAAUAUCCUCGAUUCGACCGAAGAAAGGAGAUCCCAGAGAGACAAAUUCGUCGCGCUUUUAGGUCGUCGAUCUUUGCGUCUCGGGGCGUCGCGAUCCUUUUUCAACGAUCAAAAGAAGGAGAGUGGAGUGGCGAGAAGGAUUUAAAAGGGUAGGAAAGGCGUUGAAGCAAGCGUUGCAAUAAGUUGCGAAUCAAAUGCGGAUCUCGGCUUGAGACGAGAGGCUCAGCUCAGCGAAGAAUCAAACACACGUACACGAUGUAUACUCUUCUAGUAAAACCAAAAAAAAAAAAAGGAAAAAGGAACGAAUCGGAAGGGAGUGAGAAAGAGAGAGAGAGAGAGAGAGAGAGAGAGAUACUGAAUCGAAUCGAAACGGCGGACGAAUGGAGAGAUGGAACGGUUAAUGUGACGCGCGAUAUUUGAAAGAAAAUGAGUAGAGAGGGAGGAGGAAGAGAAGGGCAGAGAAAAGAAUGGGAUAUUGAUAUAGAGCAUACAUUGAGAUACACAAAAGAUAAACAUAUAGUAUUAUACGAUUACAAUACGAUUGUAAUGAAACACUUUGUAAGCAAGGAAACAAAAAAAAAAUUAUGCAUAGUUUUCCAUAAUCUGUAAUGGAUGUAUUCGUUAACAAAAAAAAAAGAAAAAAAAUAAUGACGACGAGUGGUUAAGGUUAAAUACAUACACAAACACAUACACACACGCACACAGACACGUAACAUACACACGUACACACACAGGACACAGCUGAAUAACCGUUCGAAGCAACUCGGGUACACGACACACAAGAAGUAAACGAAAAAGAAUAAAAAAAAGUAAACUAUUAAUUAAUAACAUGAAGUAACGAGAGAGAGCGAGAGAGCGAGCGCGAGCGAGAGAGACGUAACAAACGGUAAAUCUGUCUCUUUAAAGUAUCAUGUGUCUAUAAACUAUAGCGAUUGAUAUUGUCUUUUUAACCGUAAAUGGAGAAACAAGUAAUCGUGGUAACGUAACUAAUGUCAUAGCGAUAACCGAACACUGCAAUAUUAGAUAUAAUAUAUAUUCAUACAUUUAUAGAGUGGAGAAGCGAUGGAAGGUUGGCUAGAGGAGACACAGAAGGAGAGAAAGAAAAUAGGAAAAUUGUGCGUGGCUCUGACACGCGUAAUUUAAAAAAAAAGGAUCACUCAAAGAAAAAAAGAGAAAAAUAGAAAAAAGUGGAACAGAAAAAAAUUCAAAGCAACUCGAAACGGUAUAUCAUCGAUUCGUUCUGGCUUUUCUUUUCUGUCGAAAGCUAAAUAUAAAAAAGAGAAAAAAGGAAAAAGUAACAAAAGGAGAAUAAUAACACACACAGCGAGAGAGAACGAUGUGAACAGCAGUGGCGCCUAGCACACGCGUGUCAGUGCGGAAGUGAGCAAACGUGGUACGAUCUCCAGGCACAGUUGAAAAGAGAAAGCCGUUUCAUGCUAAAACAGCGAGAGUAGAGCAAAACGAAAAGCUGAAUGGAAGAAAACAAUAUUAAAUAUGCGUUUUGUGUAUCGGACACACUCGAAGCUACAACAUGCAACACACACACACACACACGCGCGCGCGCACGCACAUACAUGUACACCCACGAGCAUAUACACAGAAACACAGACCCACUCUUACACACACAUGCACACAGAGUAACACAAAGAAAGACCCAAAAAAAAAAAACCUAUCGAUUAUUCUACCAAGUAAUGAAUUAACAAGAGGAUGAUCAUUAGAUUUGUAAUUAAUUACAUAUAUAUUUUUCAAUACUUUAACUACUUGCUGAAUGUAAACUAUAUACAUAUAAUUAUAUAUUAUAUAUAUUAUAUAUAUAUUAUAUAUACACACACAUACCGCGUAGAGCUGUACCUCGAUUACAGCGUGGCGAAGAGGACUGGCCCGUCGAUUACCGGUUCUGCACGGGGUCGCAACUGACCCGGUAACGAAAACAUACCUAUACCUAUCAAACACGAGAGCUAAACAAGGAAGCAAGACUCAAUCGAUGUAGAAGAAAAUAUCGUUUGGACGUUCGUGGAGAGCCGGAAAUGGACGGAUCAGCCCUCGAUUCCGGGACCGGAGGGCGGCGCGCCAUGUUGACUCUAAAGCUACGCCCUCCGGGCAGGAAGAGAUCUACGAGGAACGAGAGAAAGAAAGAAACCUUUUUGUACCCCACCCAAGUCACACUCUCGGUGUCGAAACGGUAAAGAAAAACCAAAAAAACAAGCAACUAUGUUACUCGUGUAAGUGCAUCCUAAAUGUAACUGUUACGAAAUGCCCCUUCUCCGAAGCCCCACCCCAGGCCCCAGUCUUCAUCGUUUCGUACGUAGCAAGAGAGGGAUGAAACAAGCGGCAGAGAGACCGGAGAAAAUGAAAAAAAAAAAAGAAACAAGAAGAAAGAAGAGAUAAUAGUGUGAGAAUAAUGACCGAUGAGAGCGUGAAAUGAGAGAAAGAUAGAAUACACAUGUGUAUGCGUCGUGUGCGAAUAAAAGGAUGCGAAUCGCGUGAAUUUUCGAUGAAUUUAGUCGCAAACGGUGCAUCGACGAUCGUUCGAAGCACCGCACAACCAGAGUAUGCGAAGAAACGAAAGAUCAACGCGGUGAAACGAAAUUUCCGGUGGCUGAGGACCGCGCGAGAAAAUUUCUCGGUUCUCGGUUCAGGUGCAGAUCCCUUGUUUCUCAACCCCUUGCGUAACGCGACGCGUUUUCCUUUUCAUUCUGUUCGCUGGCGGUUUACAUAUGUGCGCGCCUAUGUUCUUUCCACCGUAUCGUCGUUUUACCACUUUUUUAUGGACGUGUUACACUUGUUAUCACUCGUAUCGAAUGGAAGAACGAGAGACGAUUUAAUGAUACGUGUACGUACGAAUAUGAAUGAAAAUGUAUGCGUGUGGGAGAGAGAGAAACAGAGAGAAAGAAUAAAUGGUGCAAGUGGGUGAGCAUGAGGAUGUCUGCAAGCGAGACAAACAGCGAGACACUGUGCGCCUAUAUAUGUAUAUCUGUAUAUAGGUACCUUUUUCAACCGCUACCGCUGUUUCCUUUAUACUACUUCUUAUCCUUUUUUUAUUACUAUUAUUAUUAUUAUUAUUAUUAAUAUUGAUUAUAUAUAGAAUUAUUGUAAUCGAGAUGUAUUUUCUGUUGGCUUUAGAUUUUGUUCCUUUAUUUUUGUACGAAAACCGUUUUACCUUUACUACGUGUGCAUUAUGUAAGCUAUAAAUAUGUAUAUAUAUACAUAUAUAUACAAAUAUAUAUAUAUAUAUAUGUAUUUAUAUAUAUAUAUUUAUAUACACGAACACUUUUUUUCUUACCGUUGCAUCGAUUUAAAGAUCUAUGUAUGGUGGAUCUAUCGAUCGCGCGCACGAUGCUGAUCGUUGACAAAAGCCGUUUGUUAGAACAAUGAUAUUGUUCAACGAUUUCGCGAAACGAUCAGCGACGUCCGCAAAUAUUCUUAGUUUUUAAGGUGACUCUUUUCACGAAUCACUUUCUUCUUUUUUCUUUUUGUUCUCUUACUGUUUAUUUUAAUCUAUUUUUUUUCUUUUUGAUAGUUUGUUAUUGUUGUUUCUUUUUGUCCUUUUUUUUGUAUGAUAUAUUUGAUUAUACCAGCGUGCUUCGCUCCUCCAAAUAAUAUAUUACAUACUGCUAUAUAUAUACAUAUAUAUAUUUUUGUUAAUAAUACAGUGGUUUGAUAUAACUACGGUAAUUUAUUCUGUUGUAACAGAUUUGUUUUCUAUAUCUCUUUACGAAUCCCACAAAUGCGUUAUUAAUAUAAAAAUACAUAUAUAUAUACAUAUAUAUAUGUAGAUAUAUAUAUGUAUACAAAUAGAGGACACGUGCAUAUAUAUAAAAGUAUAAAUAUAUAUGUAUAGAGCAUUAUACAUACUUAUAUGAGAAAAUAUCGAUUAUAUAUACAUAUAUAUAUUAUAUACAUAUACAUACACUGCUACAUUAUAUUUUGUUUAACGAGGAGAUAAACCAAAAGAGCAAAAUAAAAAAACGAAAAAUCUAAGAAAAAAAAUGGGAACGAGAUAUAAGAGAGAGAGAGAGAGAGAGAGAGAGAGAGAGAGAAAGAGAAGAGAGAAUCAGAGUUUUCGGCGUGUUGCUUGUUCUGAAUUAAACAUCAGUUUGAAAAGGAUGAAAUGGAAGAGUGAGAGAGAAAGAAUUGACAGAAGCGUUUCUUGAAAUUUUUCGAGCGUUUUCCAGCCGUUCUUUCAGAAGGAAGAGAGAAAAAGUUAGUGAAUUUCGGAACAAAAUACAGGAGGAAAGAAGAGAGGGAUGAAAGUACACAUUACACAUACGAACAUACACGUACACACGCGUACACAUACGCAUAGAAGACACGAACUAUCGACAAGUAACACACCGGCUGAAAUCUAGGGACAUGAGCGAACGAAGGUAGAAAGAGAAAACCAAAAAAUAGACAAGUGUGAGACAAAAAUGAAACUCGCGUGUAAUAUACUUAUAAUAUCAUUUUGUAAAUUAUUUUUUGUAUUUUUAUAUAUAUAUAUAUACAUAUAUAUAAAUAUCGAAGCAUACGACACAAAAAGCGGAACAGUGUUUGUGCGUACGAAGAGAAAGAGAGAAAGGACGAAUGGAAGAACAGGUGGAAAGGGAAAGGGAAUAAAAUUGUGGGGAGAACAAUUCUGAGUGACUGCUUGAAAUGUUUGGAAAGUAAACGAAAUGGGAGAGUGUCAUGUAGGAAACACGGUGAAAGCGUGAGAGAGAGAGAGAGAGAGAGAGUAUGUGUAAAAGAGAGAAAGAAUACGAAAAAGCUCGUGACGCAUUGAUAAAACACUGACGAUAUUUAAAUCGAUCGUUGAUAAAAAAAAAAAGUAGGAAAAAUCGUCCUUUCGUUGAUCGAGAGGGGCGCCAGAAAAGAUGCUGUUCGUUUAAAAAAUUAAGAGAAAAAGCGUAAAAGACGCGUGCGUUGAUACAAUGCGCCUGUAUGCAGCCUGUUCGUGAACACAGACACACAGACAUACACACAAUCUCACAAAAUACAUAUUGUUUAUGUUAAUUUCGUGACACGACCAAUGUCCCGAGAAUAAUGAUAAUGGAUUUUUGUUCCCUAUUAUUUGUACCUUUGUAUUGUAUUCUGCAGCUUGUCAAAUGCUUUGUUUAUUACUACUAUUACUACUACUAUUAUCUCGUUAUUCUUAUUACUCUUAUAUAAAAAUGAUUAUUCUUAUUAAUA